CCGCCUAGCACCCCCGAGCCUUGCGGGCGCAAACGCCGCGCUUUGUCUCCAGCCGGGAUCCGUAGCCGAAAGGGCCGAGCCUGCGCGAAGGACACGGAAGCCGCGCGGGAGCAGCCGGAGCAGCCACGUUCCCUGUCAUGGUGAGUGAGAGGCGCAAUGGAAACCUGCUUGUGCACUUGGGGGCCAAGCUGCAGGCCUACCCUGAGGAGCUGAUCCGUCAGCGCCGGGGCCAUGAUGGCCACACGGAGUACCUGAUUCGCUGGAGCAUCCUCAGCUUGGAGGAGGGCACGGGGAGCAGCACCAAUGCCUCUUCCACAGAGAGCAAAACGGAGAACAUCCUGAUGUGGAUGUCAGCAGAGGAGGUCUAUGCCAAUUGCCCGACGCUGCUGGGCAAGAGGAAGCCUGAAGGCCAGCGAGUGAAGGAGGAGAAGGCACCCAGCACGUUUCCUUCGGAUGUCACGCUGGAUGAGGCCUCGCUGUUGGAAAUGAAGGAAGAUGUCAGGAGCCUGGUGCAGCGGGCUGGCCGGCAAAUGGCUAGGGCUAUGGGCCCAGCAUCCUCCAUCCUCAACACCAUCCAUGUGCUGAGUGCCUACGCCAGCAUUGGUUCACUGACAGGUGUCUUCAAGGAGACGGGGGCUCUGGACCUGCUGAUGAAAAUGCUUUGUAAUGAGGAGAAGCAAAUCCGGCGCAGUGCUGGCAAAAUGCUAAGAGCCUUGGCUUCGCAUGAUGCAGGGAGUCGGGCCUAUGUCCUCCUGUCCCUGAGCCAGCAGGAUGGCAUUGAGCAACACAUGGAUUUUGACAGUCGUUACACCCUCCUGGAGCUGUUUGCCGAGACUACGUCCUCUGAAGAGCACUGCAUGUCCUUUGAGGGCAUCCACCUUCCACAGAUCCCAGGAAAGCUGCUGUUCUCUCUGGUGAAGCGCUACCUGUGUGUCACCUCUCUCAUGGACAAGGUCAACAGCAGCACAGAACUGGGGGCAGAGCGUCAGGACUGCGCUGCCCACAGUACGCACUUUGGGGAGAGGACCCGCGUGCAGCGGGAGUUUGAGUUCAGCAUGGCCAUGGCCAAUCUCAUCUCCGAGUUGGUGCGGGUGAUGGGUUGGGACUGCAGCCAGAAGAUAGAGCGCCUCUCCUUGUGGGAAGCACGACCUCGAGUCAUCCGUUCCAUCUUCCAGCCCAAGGCUCCUGCCUGCACACCCAUCCAGGUGGCCCCUGGCCCUCCCCAGAAAGAGGCCAGUGCCUUCAAGACACGCUCUGCUUUCCCAAGCCGCAGUAGCUAUGCAGAGUAUGUACAGGCAACCUUGACACGGGGCAUGUGGGUGCGUAUGCUGGAGGACUAUGAGCAAGUCAAUGCUGGGGAUGAAGGCGAGUUCCGCCAGAGCAACGAUGGCAUGCCACCCGUCCAGGUAUAUUGGCAGGCUUUGGGUCGUACAUAUUGGGUACACUGGCAUAUGGUGGAGAUUGUGGGUUCGUUUGGGCAAGUGGAGCGUGAGGUCCAGGACAAGAUGUCCAGUCUAACAGAGAACCUCAAACUGAAAACUGCUGCAGUUACCCAGACGUUUUACUGCAAGCCCCUUGGGGGGCUGUACUCCCUGCCGUACCUGAUGGACCAGCUGGGCGAGGACACAGAGACCCUGAGCCGGGCUGAGUGGUGGGAACUGCUCUUCUUUGUUAAGAAGCUAGAACUGCAUGAGCAGCAGGAGAUCAUCCACCUCAUCCAGCAGCACCAAGAGCUGUCGGAGCUAGGUGAGGAAGCCCUGACCCAGCUGUCAGUGCCAGUGGAGUUGGCCCAGAAAGUGUUGCAGGUCCUGAGCAAGCAGUGCCAGGGAAGCACCCUGAGUGACCUCCACAGCUCCCAUGUCUACAUCAAGUACUUCCUCAGCAAAGGAUGGGUGGAGCAAGACAGUGUUGGGGUAGAUGCAGUGCCUUCAGAGAGUGCUGGCCAUGGGAGUGCCUUCCUUGAAGCCAUGGUGUCUAAAAAACCAAAGACAGACCUUCCUACUGCUGAUGUGCCUUCCCCUGCCCCAGCCACUGUGGAGAAAUCAGACUCCCAGCUAUUUAAUGAACUCUUCAAAGCAGAAGGGCUGGUUUUGCCAGAGUUGCUGGAGGAGAAAGCCAAGGUACUCUGCAGUGUGAAGGGAUCAGGCAAGAAGAGCUCUUUGGAAAAGAUUGCAGAUGCUUUGGAGAUGAUCCAGAGAUCCAGUUCUGAGGUUGAGCUGCAAGUAGCGGGUCUCAGGUUUAUUAUCAAGACCCUAGAGGAGGAGCUGGGUCGAGAGCGGCACCUCAUCAAAAUCGAGAGUGGACUCACCAUCAGGGAGAAGCUGGUGAAGAUGCUUGUGGAGCUCCUGACCAACCAGGUGAAGGAGAAGCUGCUGGUGGUGCUGGCGUUGCGCCUGCUGUGCGUGCUGAUGGCCAAGUAUGACUGGCGUGUGCUCUUUGCCACGGAGGGUGGGGUACGUGCUGUAUUGACUUGUAUGCAAGAGUACGGCCCCUCGGCACUGGUUCAGCAAGCUGGUCUGACGGCCCUGAAGGUGCUGGUGGGGGCUGGAAACUGUGAAGUGCUGGGCACCAGUGGGAAGCCCUAUCCCCUGAACCAUUCUGAUGCCCAGAUGAUGCGGGAGAUCUUUGCCAGCAUUGGCUCUGCCACCAGCAAGGACUCAGACAGCUUGCUGUGUGCCAUUCUUGCUGUGUUCCAUUCCGGCUGCCAUCAGCACCAUGCAGGGCAUGGCUGGUAGUACGUCGGCUGUGCAGAACGGCCUGUUGGUGGUGAACAUGCUUGUCGACAACCACCACGGCCUGGCUGAGCAGCUGGUGAGCUGUGGGAUCCACUCAGCCCUGCAGAGCUGCUGCCAAGGAGGCCAG